AUGAAUCCACAAACAUCGAGAGAACAGUUCGAUGCUUUGAUCGAUCUACUUGCCACGGACAGUGGAGAGCAUGAAAAUCAGGAUAAAGACACGAAUGCCGUGCUCAGAAACCCCGACGGGAAGCUUGACUUCGCUAAAAUUCGAUCAUUUUUCACUCAUCGAGGUGUCGAUGAGACCGCAGAUGAUCAACCGCUCGAACGCGGGCCUUCUACGGCGUCGGGAUUUCCCAAGAUCGUACCAGACAACCUAAGCCCCGAACGCGCGCUUUCAAGGUCUAUUGAAUCAAGUGUAAGGCUCUAUAACUUCCACUUUCUGGGGACUUCAUCUCACCCGUGGGGAAAGACUGCAUCCGUUCCAGCACUAUCAUCGUCCUUGCAUACAUACGAUCCAUUUGAUAACCCGAACGUGAAAGAUGAUCGAGCGCACAGCGAAGAAGCCACGUCGCGCGACAAAGUUGAGCAUAUCGACAAGCAAGAACGCCUUCUUCCACAAGACACCAACUCUGAGCGUCUGGAUAGAUCGUCUCGCGACGCUCUGGUGACAAAGCUGGAGGGAGCACUUGCGCUCUCCAAGGGCGAAAUUGCCGCCCUGCGUAAUCAAGUGGAUGACCUUCACGCGAUGAUCUCAGAGCUCUUUGGAAGAGACGCUGUUUCCGACUAUCGUGCGAGACACGUUCAUAAGGAUCCACCUGAAACCAGGGAGCAGAUUCGCAGGAGCAAGGAUCUUGGACAUCAUGUUCCCUUAAAUUAUCAUGAUGCUCUCGCGGAACCUCACGCCAGCGCUGCACGUUCUGAGCAACUAGAUGUGCUUCCUCUACAAAAAAUACUUUCGAAGCACCCUGGAACCACACCCGCGCGUCUUCGCGAUGAAAGCCCAUCCCACGAACAAUCUGGCUUCAGGAUCGUACCUGUAUCAGAUCCCGGUGACGCGCAGCGCGCUAUCGACUUUGUAGCUCGUGUGGAUGAUAUUGUGUGGCGGAGAUCCCUAUAUCCGACUGCCCGCGGAGUGCCACACGCGCCAAUACUUUCGGAGAGUAAUUUGGACGCUCUUCUUAAGCGAAUCAUGUUAUGGGAGGGCAUUGCCCGGGGCCCUUCCUCCUGA